AUGGAGCAAUUGUUGAUGGUAGCAAUGGAAGAAGAAGGUCCGAAGCAAAUUGUGGAGGGAAGUAUAGUGGUGAUUGUAGGUAAAAGGGGUUGUUAUAUGAGUUAUGUUGCUCAGAGAUUGUUGGAAGAGUUGAAAGCUUAUUUAAGGAUGUGUGAAGUUAGUCUAGGGUUUGCAGCGAAGACAACAUUAAUGCAUAAUAUCGGAAAGAUUCUUAGUGGAGAUGAUAAGACUUUGGUUGCACCAUUGUUUCCAGUGGUAUACAUUGGGGGGAAAUUGGUUGAGAGUUUGGAUCAGCUUAUAGCUAUUCAUGUCUUUGUCGAGCUUAUUCCCCUGUUGAAAACAACUGGUGUUAUUUGGCUUUGA